AUGAAUGUUUGCAACAAUAAUUUUAUUGAUUGCCGACGUGGGAAAAUCGUCUGCUAUCGAGAAAGAAAAUUAAAAGAUACAAUUUGUCAAAAGAAAAGUCAAUUGAGAAAUAAAAAAAGAAAAAUAAGGGAAAUUAAAACAAAAAAAAGAAUAAAUUAUUUUAUUUUUGGUUUAAUCACUCAAUUGAUUAUUGUUCUCGAUUUGUGUUCCGCCGUGGUUGGCGGUUACGUUAAUAAUCCUCCGAAAUUUCUUAUCGAUAAUCAAACCGAAAUCGUUCUCAGGCUCAAAGAAGGUAUCGAAACUCCCGUCGGAAGUGUUAUCUACACUGUCAAUGGAUACGACCAAGAUGGAGACACUUUGACUUUUGGCAUCAAAGAAACCAUCGGUAACGAAUUAAUUAAAAUAGAACAUGUGAAAAAAAAUUCUGCUAAUUUGAUAUUGAAAAAAGAAUUGGAUAGAGAAACGAGAGAGGAAUAUGGAUUGAUUCUCACUCUGACGGAUGGACGGUUGGGAGAUGGAAAUUUCAUAACGCAAAGUCUUCUCAUUCUCGUCGAAGAUGUAAACGACAACGAACCUGUUUUCAAACAAUUUCAAUCGACUUUGGUAUUACCCGAAAAUAGUCCACCCGGCGUCGUGCUCACCGUCGAAGCUACCGAUAGAGACGAAGGCACCUACGGCCAAGUCGUAUAUCGGUUGAAAGAUUUAGACGGAGAUGAUUCAACGUUUUCUAUUUCCACCGUCAACGGAAAAGGUGUUAUUAAAUUAAUUAAAGAACUUGAUUACGAACAAAAAAUUUUGUAUCAACUUCAAAUUCUCGCGAUGGACAGAUCCAACACCGAACCCGUAAAUACGGGAACUUCCACGGUCGUCAUCAAAGUCGAAGAUGUCGAAGAUCGUCUUCCAGAAUUCGUGGCCGUGUCACCCGUGGGGAGAAUAAGCGAAGACGCCGAAAUCGGAACUGAAGUGAUGCGAGUUAAAGCCAUCGACGGAGACCGAGGAAUAAACAAUUCAAUAGUUUACUCCAUAACAAAAGGAUCGGAGGAAGAUUUUGAAAUAGAUUCAACUUACGGCAUAGUUUACACUGCAAAAAAAUUGGACAGGGAAAGCUCUUCCAACAAUGGAGCCUACAUUUUAGAAAUUACCGCACGCGAAAAUUCAAAAAUUAUAUUUCCACCGCCUUUCACAAAAACCGAAGUCACGAUCAUCGUAUCGGACGUGAACGACGAAACGCCCACGUUCAGAAAUGAUUCUUAUAAGGCUGAAAUUGAUGAAAAUGCUCAGAUGAAUACUCCCGUAACUUUUUUCGAUGGGUUUUUCCCCGAGAUCUACGAUCACGAUCAAGGGAAAAACGGAACGUUUCGCGUUUUCACUGAGGGAGACUUUGGAAUAUUCGAAGUAACUCCUUCCGUUAUAGUUAACGAAGGUACGUUUUUGAUUCGAGUGAAAAAUCCCGAAAGGUUGGACUACGAAAAAGUCACGAUUUUUAAUUUUACCAUAUUCGCGAAAGAAAUAGUGGAAGUGAAUCCGAAACAUGGCUCGGUUCCCGUGACGAUUUUCGUGAGAGAUGUCAACGACAACAUACCGCGAUUUUCAAAAAACUCAUACAGGAUUUCGGUUCCGGAAAAUUCUAAAACGGGUAAAGUUAUAGCUUCCGUGCGAGCCGUGGACACGGAUUCGGGAAAUUACGGUACGAAAGGUAUAAGGUACACGGGUUUGGGAGGAAGCGUCGCCGAAUAUUUAUCAAUAAAUUCUAUAACGGGAGACAUAAGUGUCAUUUCUCCGGAACCUUUAUUCGACAGAGAAUUUAUAGAUCGUCACUACGUGACCGUGGAGGCCGUAGACAACCUCGGAAAAGGCAAUCGGAACACUGUUCAAAUAAUAAUUGACGUUGAAGACGUGAACGACAACGCUCCGAGAUUUCUUCAAACAAAGUACGAGGCUCGCUUACAGGAAAAUCACAUAAAUUUUGAAAGACCUUUGAUCGUCGAGGCCAACGACCAAGACUUAAAUGGAACCGAUAAUAGUAAAAUACGGUACAGGAUUAAAGAAGGACACGAAAAAGAUAAUUUCACGAUAGAUCCCGUUUUGGGAUUGAUUCAACCAAAGCAUCACAUAGAUUUUGAAAGGCUCGCAAUUCGAGACAAAGAGUACGAUCCGAAAAAUUCUGUUAUACCGAUAAGGCUGUUGGUCGUAGCUCAAGAUCACGGAACUCCGAGCCUGUCGUCCAGCGUGUUCGUGACCAUUCACGUGACGGACAUGAACGACCACGCUCCUACUUUCGAAGAUAUGAAUUACGGCGUCACCGUUCCCGAAACCGUGCCACCCGGAAGUUCUAUUUUUCAAUUGAUCGCCACCGAUAAAGACUCUUCGUCUCCGAACAACGAAAUUGUUUACAAAAUAAAAAAAGGACCCAAGGAUAAGUUUGUGAUAAAUCCAGAGACGGGAGUGAUCAGACUCGCACCGGGAGCAUCCCUAGAUCCCGAUUUAACGUUUCCUCCAACGUUUCAAUAUUCGCUCACCGUGAUAGCCGAAGACGGCGGAAUCGGAGUCGAUCAGCUUCACGAAUCAGUUGAAGUCAUCAUUGACGUUGAAGACGUCAAUAACAAAAUCCCCGUUUUCAAAGAACCCGGCGUGAUCAAAAUCAAGGAAAAUUUGGAACCUGGAAAACACAUUUGCGACAUCGAAGCAACGGAUCCCGAUCACGAUCAUAAUUUAAAAUUUACAUUUGAUAAAAAUAACUCGGAAGCGAGAAACGAAGAGGGAACCAUCGUCAAGCAAGGAGAUGUGGAUUUCGUUGAUUUUUUCGAUUUGAAUCCGACAAACGGAACUCUGAGAGUGAAAAGAAUAAUCGAUCGGGAAAAAAUUGAAAUCAUUCGACUGGGUAUUGUAUGCGAAGACACCGGAGCCAUUGGAGACGCGCAAAAAGCAUUUACAACGUUGACUGUUUUAAUAGAGGACGAAAACGACAACAGUCCGAUGUUUAAAAAAUCCGUAUAUCGCAGAUCCGUGGCUGAAAACAGCAAGAACGGAACGAGCGUAGUGAACGUGAUUGCCGAGGAUCCCGAUAAAGACAAAAGUAUUACUUAUCACAUAGAAGGUUCGGAUGACGUCAAAAAUUUGAUCAGUUUAGACUCGGAAACUGGAGAAAUCGUCGUCUCUAAUAAAAUAGACCACGAACAAACAUCUUGGUUGAAUUUUUCCGUCGGAGCAACGGAUUCGGGGAAACCUCCGAGAUCUUCAUUCGUUGACGUUCAUGUUCAAAUCCUAGACGAAAAUGACAACAAUCCAGUUUUUAUUAACGAUUUUGCCAAUUUGACAAUCAUGGAAGAUGUGAAACCAGGAAAGGAAAUAAUUCGAAUCGAAGCCAAAGAUGCAGAUUCGGGAGAAUAUGGGAAAAUAACAUAUUUAUUGGAUGGGAUUUCGUCACAGGGAAAAUUUAAAAUCGAUUCAACAUCUGGAAUUCUUUCUGUCGUGGAUUUUUUAGACAGAGAAAAACAAAAUUUUUACUCUUUGAUGAUAGAAGCUUGGGAUAAUUAUCAGUUUGGAUAUGCAAAUGGAGAAAGUAGAAAUGCUUUCCAAAGAAUCGGAAUCACUGUAUCCGAUGUAAACGAUGAAACUCCAACAUUCGAACCUCUUCCUCCGUGUACUUUUAUCAAUGAAUACCACGAUGUGAAAGAUGCUAUAUUAAUUAUAAAAGCCAACGAUAAAGAUGAUCCACUCACUCCGAACGGAAAAAUGAAAUUUUCUAUCGUCGAAGGAAAUGACGAUGAUCUUUUCUACGUAACCGACAUUGAUAAUGGAUCUGCUAAAAUUUCCGCUUCAAGACGCUUAAAAGGAUCUCACGGAAAUUACACUUUGACUCUUCAAGUUAAAGAUUUAGGUUAUCCUCCAAACGUUGCAAAAACUCAAGUUUCCAUUUGCGUUAUAGAUUUUAACGACAAUGCUCCCGUGUUUGUUUAUCCGGGUCAAAAUUCAACCGUUAAAGUAUUUGAAAAUGCAACCGUGGAUAGUCCCCUGAUUAAAGUUACGGCAACUGAUGAUGACAUGGGAGAUAACGCUGCCGUGAGAUACAAAUUGAAACAUGAUCCUUUGGGCGAUUGGAAAACAUUUGAUAUAGACGAAAUAAAUGGGACUUUGUUUCUUAAAAAGCCUUUGGACAAUGAAAAGCAGAAGAUUUAUCAUUUGAGAAUUCAAGCUUACGAUUUAGGAAUUCCAACAUCUUUAUCAUCGGAUUUGGAUUUGAUCGUUUACGUGAAAAACGUUCACGAUUUUCCACCGCAGUUUUUAAUAAACGAAAUGGAAUUGAAUUUCACAGAACAUUCUUCUCCAGGAGCAGAAAGAAACGUUCUGGUGGGUACGGUGGAUAAAGACGACACCGACUACGAUGAAAACGAUGGCGAUGGCGACGUCGACGAGGGAGAAAACAAACAAGUCUGUUAUUUUUUAGUUGGAGGAAACGAAAAGGGUUUGUUCCUUUUAGAUCCUUACAAACACGAAUUGACUGUUCAAAAAGAACUCGAUAGAGAAGAAACAGAAGAACACGUUUUAUUGGUCAAAGCAACCGAAGAUUGUCUUAAUCCACCUUCUAACGUGAGCUCACACGACAAAAAUGAUAAAACUAUUCUCAAAGUUCUCGUAAAAGUAAAUGAUAUUAACGAUCAUUCUCCAAAAUUUAUAAAGAAAAUAUUUACUGGAGGAGUAACAACAAACGCCGAUUUUGGAACCGAACUAAUUAAAAUUAAAGCUUUGGACUUGGAUUCGGGAAUAAAUGGCGAAGUAGAAUAUUAUCUCGUUAACAGCACUCAAUCAUUUUUAGCAGAAGGGAAAAAAAUUGAUCGUUCGGAACCUUUUUUAAUUGAUAAAAAAACCGGGUCUCUUUUUCUUAAUUUUUAUCCUCAAAAAGACAUGAAAGGUUAUUUUAAACUCACCGUCAUGGCGAACGAUUCGCAAAAUCUUCAAGACACGGCUCACGUUUUCAUUUAUUUGCUAAGGCAAGAUCAAAGAGUUAAAUUUGUGCUCAGGCAGAAUCCGAUAGAACUCAAAGAAAAAUUAGAAAGGUUCAGAGAAGAAUUGAAACAAAUAACGGGUACAACCGUUAACAUAAACGAACUCAAAGUCCACGAAAACAGAGACGGGAGUGCGGACAGCACGAAAACGGAUUUGUUCCUCCAUUUUGUCGAUAGAAAAGACAAUAUUGUCAUCGACGUGCAAGACGUUCUCAAUAUGAUUGAUCGAAACAUUGAAAAGUUAGAUUCGUUAUUCAAAGAUUAUAACGUUUUAGAUAGUCAACCAGCAGAAAGUCAAGAAUUAAAAUCGGACAUUAUCAACGCAUACGUUCCUUGGUUUAUAUUUGCUCUCAUCGUUCAAGGAGUCAUUCAAAUAUUCGUAUUGUCCCUCUGCAUUUCACAAAGGUCGAAAUAUAAGAGAGCGAUAAGAGCAGCAACGGCGACGGCGUUCGACUCGGAUCAGACGAACAUAGACAGCAUGACCGGACACGUACCAAAUACUAACAUCCACAGCGUCGAAGGAUCCAAUCCCAUUUGGAUGAAAGGAUAUGAAAAUAAUUGGUACAAGGAAGAUGAAGAAGAAGGAGAAGAGUUUACGUGUCAAACUUCAGAAAAAGAUUCACUGGAUAACAACGCUGUGAAUAUUGUCAAAGGAAAAACAGUAGAAGAAGACAAAGGAAAAGAAAACAAUAAUAUCAACGGUAAAAAUAUAAGUUACGUAAGGUAA